UUAACAUCACAGUUUAAAAGAGAACGAACGUCUAGAAUUUCAUAACAGCUUGCAUAAACAAUUCAUUUCAUGCUUAAAUGAUUACAACCGAGAUCAAGUUCGUUUUUACCGAGCCUGGACAAUAAAUAGCUUUGACAAUUUGACAGACUGUAUUAUAAGGGAUUACCUGCAAUGGUUAUAGAGAAAUGAUAAUUGGUCAAAAUGCAAAGAGAAUUGGUUUGUCAAUUGCCAUAUGCGUGUAUAAUUGUAAAAACUGCGUAAUGAUAGUAACCAGUAUUAUUUGGUGACGACAUUUAGAAUAUAGCUUGAACAUGACUUUUUUUUAUACUUCAAUGCAUUAUAGAUAUCCUUAGUUCUCUUCUGUAAGCUCCUAUGGGAUAACGAAAGAGUAUUACAUUUUGCAAUUAAUAAGUGUAAUUAGGGUUGAAAUGAAGACGACACGAAAACUCUGAAGUUUUGGACAACAAAUUCUGCUUCGUGGGGCUUAAUUUAUUGAAUACAAUGGGAAAAUUUGCGUACAUCAGUCAUCUCAAUAUGAAUGCAUUAUGGUUCAGCACGUACCAAAUGUUGGAUAUUCUACCGCAUACUCACACGCGUUUUAAAUCUACAUCCCUAAUAUAAGACGUGGCAUAUUGGGCAUGCAGUCUAUGUUAAACAAUGUUCAUGCGUGCAAAAUUUGCACAAUUUAUAACCCAUACAUGAAUAACACCAUAAAGAAGGAACAAUCGAGUGUACUUACCUAUGUUAAUAAAAACACGGAUUUAUAAAUAUUCUACAGGUACGUAUACCAGCAACAAUUCCAGCAUACCAAUAAACUCGCGCUUCGGUAGGAAAGUGGAUAAGGUGAUGAGAGUCAGGGUUACUAUACAACUGAAACCAUAAAACUGUGCGGGAAUUUAUUUCGCUGCCUUAACUGUGGCAAGACAUCAAUGAGGAGUCUUGUUUCAAAGAGCAUAGAUACUCAAACUGACAUGGCUGAUCGCGGAGCAGAUGAGACGGAGGAUGUCGGAUCAGACAUGAUAGCUCCUGGGCAUUUGUGUGGUAGCGGUAAUCAUAGCAGUGGUGGUAGAAACACCGAUGACGACACGAUGACGUCAGAGGAUACAUUUGAGGGAUACGCCAAGACGUUUGCUAGAAAACUGAGCAUCAGGCGGAAAGGCUCCGCCUCGAAACAAAAGAUGCCGUCUCCGGAGCAUCUCACCAGCAGCAGAGACGAAGACGACAACCAAGAAGACCCGAGCAGACCGGCCUUAUCCACCUCCUUACUGGCCGAUUAUAGGUACGACAUGUCCCACUAUCGACGCGGGACGGCGGUGCUGAUCAAUAUUGCGACGUUCGAGGAGGACGCCGACAUGCCGACGCGGCUGAGCACGGGCACGGACGUGGACGGGCUGGGGAGGGCACUGGAAGAUCUGGGGUUCCGGGUGAAACUCUUCCAGGAUUCCACGUGUGGCCAGAUAAAGAGGCUAAUGCACUUGCUCAGCAAGGAAGAUCACAGUGAUACAGAUUGCCUCUUGAUCGCCAUCAUGUCACACGGUAGCGAGGGUGAGAUAUACGGCACAGAUGGACCCAUGUCAACCAGGGAAAUCACAACACCCUUCCGUGGAGAUAACUGCCGGAGUCUUAUCGGCAAACCAAAGCUGUUCAUUUUCCAGGCGUGCCGAGGAGGAAUGGUGGACCAGGGCGUGGCUAUAGACCGUCAUGACAUCGAUGAACCGGACGCACAGAUUGGCUAUCAAGCGGCAAGGACCAUUCCUGUUGAGGCAGACUUUCUGAUGGCAUAUUCUUCUCCAGAAGGUUAUGCGUCUUGGCGGAACGCAACCAGCGGAGCCUGGUUCAUCCAGUCUUUGGUACGCGCAUUUGAAGCCUACGGCGCCAGCUGGGAAGUGACCAGAAUCCUCACGCUGGUCAACCGCAUGGUGGCGCUACAGUACGAGUCCCUCUCUGUGAACACGUUCAUGACGAGGAAGAAGCAGAUGCCGUGCUUCGUGUCCACGCUGACGAAGGAGCUAUACUUCAGACCAAAGGGCGCCCCCGGGGAACCUGCAACCAAAGUGGAAUAAACUGGUCGACCAAUGAACGUUAUUACCACGAAUGGUCUUCAGGUCCGCCAGGCUUGUUUGGAAAUGCACAUGUGUACAGGAGUUUAUGAAUAACCUUUAAAUGGCCCAUGAAGUCAAUUUUUCUUAGGAACAAAUUUUGUGCAACUUUCUACUCCUCUUAAACUCUGAAAAUCAUUUGACAUCCCUUUUUGGUUAGUUGUAUUGAAAACUGCGCACUUCUUUAAAUUUUUGACUUUUCCCAUGCUUUUCUGGACAACUGAGGGCGCUGUUGAUGUGAUGUCAUUUCAGGAAGACAC